CUGACUGGCAAUCCGCUCUCAUCGCGAGGUUUUACAAACGAUCAGGCUGAAUUCUUGAACAGUUUGGAGACGUUGGGACUAUCUGAGUCCGACUUUAGCGCCGACGUGGAUUGUGACGACACGUACCAAACGAAGAUUGGAGACGCCACCGUGUGCAUUACCGAUGGAGUACCAACUACUACUGACACUACGAGUGCUACAGCCAGCGCGAGCACAUCGUCAUCUUCGUCGUCUACCAGCUUGAUCGUUGGGAUCGUUUGUGGAGUGUUGGUGGCGGCAUUUGCAGCGUUCCUCUUCAUCAUCCACCGGAGGAAAGAGGAAAAGAAGAUCGAGUGCUCAAUAGCAAGCGAUACCGUCGGAUACAGCAGCGACCACUUCUCGUCUACAGACAAUUGGCACCAGCAGCUACAGUCACGUGGACGAUUCACUUUCGAUGACGUUGAUGUGAUCAUUCCGAGGGGCUCCAGCGAUGUUUCUUUGGGGGUUCCGACUAUGACUCACGAGAACGAACCGCAGAGAUUUAUGUCGAUCUGGAACGAUUUGGAACUUCUGUCGCUACAGCUACGCGCGGCAGCGAUUAAGGACCUCAAACCUCUUGGUACUGGAGCCUACGCCACCGUUUGGCUCGUUCGCUACAGGAAUUUACAGCUUCUCGCCUCAAAGCGACUGAAACCUGAACGACGCACCAAGAAACACACGGCCGCGUUUGUGGAGGAAAUCAAGCUGAUCGCCCGCUUCGACCACCCAAACCUCGUGAAGCUCAUCGGAGCGGCGUGGACAGUUGAAACGGAUCUGCAGAUGCUGCUCGAGUACAUGGAAGCAGGCGAUCUCCGUCGGUACUUGGCGGACCCGGAUACCCCCAGCGGCUGGACGACCGUUAAGUUCAACAUCGCGAUCGAUAUCAUCGAAGCGCUCGUGUACUUGCACUCGUUCCAGCCGCCGCUAGUGCACCGUGACCUCAAGUCGAAGAAUGUUUUGCUCUCUUCCGAUAUGGAGGCCAAGUUGAGUGACUUUGGUACGUCGCGCUUCAGGUCUUCCGAUAAAACAAUGACAGGAGGAGUGGGUACAGGUCGGUGGUUGGCCCCCGAGGUCAUCCGUGGCGACUCGGACUACGGCCCAGCAGUCGACAUCUACAGCUUUGGCACGCUUCUCACCGAGUUGGACACCAACCAGAUCCCGUACGACAACGUCCGCGCGUCAAACGGUAAAUUGAUGUCGGACCUGACCAUUCUGCACCGAGUGGCGACUGGAAGGCUGCACCCCAAGCUUCGAUCCACGUGUGGGAAGGCGUUGAGGGACCUGGUGGAGCGAUGUCUGCUUGAAGACCCGGCCAAGCGCCCCACGGCUCCUGCCAUCGCGUACGAGCUGCGCGUGAUUCAGCAGGACAUGGCUUCGACGACAUGA